UAUAGAAGCAAUUUUACAGAUCCAUGAGCAUGCAUUCUUUCUUACGGUUCGAUUGUGCAAUGUGCUUAUAUCAUAAUACUGUGACAGCAAUAAGUUAAACAAUACGGAUAUUAGAUUAAAACACAAUGGCAGGAUUAUAUAAAGUGAACUACUCCAAGAAAGCACACUCACAAUGGCAGUUAAUCAAAUGACUAGUCCCAACAAUGGUUGCACCUCCGGGCAGCAUGCCAACGAUGGUGGAAAUCCGCACGAAAAAACUCAACUGAAUAAUAUCGAACAAAUAGAAGCUGAAUUCGACAAAAGUACUUUUUCAAAGUCUGAAACAAGCAGGAAGAAAAUGAAACGACUUUCACAAUACCUUUUGAAGGAGAACAUGGCAAACAUUGAUGCACAUUUUAAAAUUGGAUUUGAAAUAAAUCAAUAUUUGUGUGUCGGAGACGCAGAUCAUACUAGAUCGACUGUUUUUGUCCUGUUUGAGGAUGACAACAAACCCAUAGUUAAAAAGACAAAAUCCGGUACAUCACAGAAUCAUGAGACAAGCGCAACUGAAAAGAUUGAGCUGUCGGUGGAAGCAAUAGAUAAAAAGUUUAAAGACGAAUGCAUAGAUGAAUCGGAAGAGAAUUUAAAACUUCUGGCCUUCACGAAAAAGGAAAUUUGUAAAGUCCAAGAAACCUCGUUUUCUGGUGUAUCGCUUUACAUAGAUUUUGGUUUGAACGAACACCUUGAACUUAAUGCAGAAUCCAAAUUUAGAUAUGUCUCUGGUUAUGACGAAAAUAAAAACCCUUACAUGAUACUAGAUACAUGUCCUCGGUAUUGGAAGCUGAAAUCGUGGUUGACUGACCUCUUCCAGCCCUUACCAAAGGUGUGGUUAGCCAUCGGUGGUGCCAUAGGAAGUUGUUUCAAACAACUGAAAGCGUUGUUUAAAGGAUCCUAGAUUAUUAUAGUUCCUUUAUUCUGUUGAUCAGAAUUUGCUAUUCAAUAUUUUACCGAAAUUCAUGGUAAAUAUAUUUCUUGAUUUAAAUCUCAUUUAAGAGAGAGUAUUUAGGAAAGAUCAAAUUAUUCAUAUUAAUGCAAAAUUCUUGUACAUAUUAUAAUUAAGAUGACUGACCAUUAAAGAGAUUAAUGUUAAACUUUAAAAUAGUCAUUUAACUGUCGCCUUAUUAGGUAUUGUUAUGCGUCAUUGCCGCCAUGUGGCAUCAACGACGAUUAUCUACGAUAUGUACAUCUCGAGUAGGGUGUUAAAUACAUGUGUGACUAUUCUACUUACUCUGUUAAUUAAUUUAAGUUUUUUGUUAACCUUUAGGUACAAAUUGAUGUUUUGUUUAGCAUUAAUGUAUUAUAUUCAUGUUUCUUUAUGUUUUCGUAUAACAUUUUAAUACGCACGCUUUUGAAAUAACGUAAAUUAAAGCUUUCGUUUUCAUUCGAAGCAUUUUAUAAAAAUAUAAUAUUUUGAGUCUAAAGGGUGAAUAAACUGCAUAAUAAAAAAGGA